ACAACUUUGGAGGGCAGAUUGUGUAGCUGUGAAAUGGAAGCAAUAGCAGUACUAUUUUUGCCUUUACUGGCACAAGCACUUGCUGGUGCUGUCGAUGUUAUUGUGCAAGAAGUUCCUGUAGGUACUACAGUAGAGCUUCCAUGCCCCAGUUCUGAUGAUGGGCACCGCUUUCAAUUCUGGUUACUUCUGGACAAUGCAGUUUUGGGGCCAGGCAAUGACAUGAAUCCGACCAAAUAUAAAUAUGAUGUGUUGACUGGGCGUCUACAUAUUAAGGCUAUUUCAUCCACAGAAAGUGGGAUGUAUACAUGUGUAUCAAAAGCUUUAGAAAAUGACUCUUCCUUUAACAGCAAAUCCGUAGAAGUGAUAGUGAGGAAGGAUUGGGAAGAGCUUUAUGAAACAGAUCCAGCUACAAAUCUGAUGAGAGGACUGAUUGCCAUGGGUGUUCUCCUUAUUAUACUCAUAGUGGGGAUAGUAAUCUACCUGCUCAGAAGAACAAGAGUAAUUCAUAUUCGAGACAUGUCUGAUGAAGAAUCUCCAGAUGAAGUGGCAGGGACCUACAAUGUGCCCAAUAUGCCAACCAUGUCGAGUAAUUCUCCGCCAACGAAUCUUGGCGUAGACAAUCCCACACUAGAAACUGACUUCCCACAAGUAUUCAGAAGCAUGCAACAGACAAAUGACUCUCAAAUUUGAAGUGCAACCUCCAGCCAUCACCCCAAAACAUGAAGAUGUAAAUAUGACUUCAUUUCAUUGCCUAUCAUCGUAGUGUUUAUAGAAGUGACAGAAAUUCAAUGUGUAGAAUAGUGCCAUGGACACAACUGUAAGGAUACUAUCAUAAGAAUGAAGGAGCAGUGUUUAGUGAUUUAGAAGUUCUUUUGGUGUUUCAUAUUAAUAAGUGACAAUUUAAAUGACUUCUUCAAUCAUCCAACUGGGAAUUUUCAAAUGCAAAGCAUUGGAUCAUAGAAAAACUCAAAUUAGUAAAAGAAAGACAACAUGCUAUUUGGUCAAUAUUACAGGUAAGACUGGGUUAUAAUUCCCAAAAUUCCUAUGGAAAAAAAUAUAACUUGCAAACAAGAUCAUAACAAAAUAAAUGUUUUAUUGAGAAUCAAUCUGUACCAAUAAUUUGAAACUUGAUAAGAACAUUGCAAUUUGUGAGUAAAUAGUCUCUUUCUCUCAUGAGAAAUACUAUCUGAUUUCAUGUGACAACAUGAAUUCUCAUAUCCUGGCAAUAAAUACGUAAAUUGUAAGGAUUGCUAAGUAACACAAAUGGAACAGUGCACUGCCAGUGAUAUAGGGUUAUGAAGGACAAACAAUGCAAUAACAUAUCUUUAUAGUCUGAGAAAACCAAAAAGAAAUGAGCAUGAAAACUUCUGUACUUUACAGAUUUCAUUAACCCAUAUUUUAUUUCACUGUAAUGUUCAUUUCUUGUCAUAGUGAAAAUAAAUAUUUAAAAAUAAUAUUUAAAAAUAUUGAAUGAUAUAAUACUUCAGAUAUUUUUACUUAAUAAUGAAAUAACUUAAUUAUUUAUUUGCAACAUCUGGUAAAAAAUAAAGUGUAUUCUGUAAUUGAAUUCCAUAAUGAGGAAUAUGUUUCAGAAUGUCUCUUCAAGCCAGAUUAAAUUUGUGUUUACAUCCAUCUUUAUUUUCUGCCAUCAGAAAUAAUAUUUUUUAUGUAUUUCUCUUGAUAUAUUUGUACAAACACAAGUUUAUUGAAAGAGAGAAGUUGUCUGCUUCAAUUAAUUUAUGAAAAUAUACACAUAUAUAUUUACAAGACUGUUUUACCUUAUUAGAUCAUAAUAGAAAUAACUACCAGCAAAGACUGAAUCAUGACCCACUAUAUUUAAGAUAAAUUAAGAACCAAAACUAUAUUCACCAUAGUUUGUUCUUUUGUUUUUAUGACAUACAUCACAGCUUUUCUGUGAAACAGAAAGCCCUUGAUCAUUAAAAUGAAAUAGUUCUUUAAAAAUAUAUACAAACAAAGCAAUAUGUACAUAUACAUACAAAAUAUAUUUAUAAAAUCAAGUGUUCUUUC